UAGAACAUUUUGGUCGUGGAUGUCUAUUUUGUUUGACAAACCAUACCAUAACUUCGACGCCAUUGUUAUUGAACUGAAUGAGCCUUGUUUUGACUACGGAUAACCAAAACAUUUGGACACAAAUAAAAAAAUUCAUGUGAAUUUUUGUGUCCAAUUGCUCACUUGGCGUGAGUUUUGUGAAAUCGUGAAACAUUCGUCAAUCAGGCGAUUUUAAUGACCACGAGCGUGCACAUACACACCAAAUUCGAUUAAAGUUCCAAACAGUGCAAAAUGUCACAUCGUUCUCGACGGUCGGACGACCGAGAUCGGUCACAUUCAUCGUCCCAGCGAUACGAGCACCAUCAUCGUCGUGAUGAUUCAAGGGACCGUGACUAUUAUCAUUCGAGAAAAAGUUCAAGACGCGAUAAGAGCCGAUCAAGAUAUCGCAAUAGUAGAAGCCGUUCACCGUCACACAAUGGUUCGAAAAGUUACUCACGACACCAUCGCCACAGUAGAAGCAGAUCGCCGGGUUACAGUUCCCGACAUCAUCGCAGUCGAAGCAGGUCACAAGGACACUACAGUUCACGACACAAUGACGACUACCAUCGAUCUCAUCGAUCCAAGGAGUUAACUGAAUCAAAAGUACGACGCGACUCACGCGAACAAUCACAAACAAAGCACAGUACUGUACCGCAUGAAAUGUUUGCUGUGAAUCAUUCGACUAAAUCACAAAAUCCUACAAUGCAUCAAACCACCAAUGAACGGGGACCAAUGUGCAUUUCAAACCAAAUCAACGACAAUUCACAAGGUAAUGAUUAUUAUGCCAGCGAUGAGCCAAAGGCAGUGCCGAUUGAUCCAAAUGAUUCGGACACAGUAUUAGAAGAGGAACGGAAACGUAUUCAACGUGAAACUCUUGAGCGUUUACAAAAGCAUUUAGAAUCCGAGGGAAAGAAGUAUCCCGCACCAAGACCACAAGCAUCGCAUCCGAUUUUCGCCAACGAUGGCUCAUUUUUGGAAAUGUUCAAAAGCAUGCAAGGCAAUAUGCAACAACAGCAACAAAUACAACAAACCCAAACACCGCAACCGGCAACGGCUGAUGUACAGCCGAAACCAUCAGUUCCAACCACAUCAACAGCAAUGAAUCCGACCAAUCGCAUUCAACCGAUUAAUCGACGACGUGGCGCAAAAAUACUGAAAACCGGCAUCGUACAAAAGCAACGUGUCAUUGAGGAGCCAGGCGAAGAAGCGGCACCCAGCGAUUCAUGGAAUGCAUAUUUGAAGGAAGUCAAACGAUAUAAAACCGUUACCUGCAGCGAUGACAAUAUUACACGUUCAUUAGUGAAAUGAAUCUCGGGCGUGACUAUUUUUUUUCUUUACCUGUUUACAUGGAUAAUGGAAUUUUCUUUAUUCCAAUUUUUUUUUUCUUCGGUCAAACGAAUUGCAUUUGAUUUUUGGAGAAUUUUCUUUAUUUUUUUUUUUAUCACAAACUGUCACUUAAACUGAAACUGAAUGUGAGUUGAAUUGAAUGAAAUAAAAGGAAAACAUGUACAAAAUUCCAAUAAAA